GCCAAUGUGCUUUUAUCAGGGUGGUGUAAUAUUGGGUCCAUCAGUGCUGGGACGCAACAGCAGAUUUGCCAACACAUUAUUCCCUCUAAGAAGUGUGAUGGUUCUUGAGACAAUGGCAAAUGUGGGUCUCCUCUAUUUCCUCUUCCUUGUUGGAGUGGAGAUGGACAUUUCCGUGAUUAGGCGCACUGGGAAAAAGGCGUUGGCCAUUGCAAUCGCCGGGAUGGUGUUGCCCUUCAUCAUUGGUGCCUGCUUCUCCUUCAUUCUCCAUAAAAAAGAUGAGACCAUGACACAAGGCACUUUCAUUCUCUUCCUCGGUGUUGCCCUCUCUGUCACUGCGUUCCCCGUGCUUGCCAGAAUCCUCGCAGAACUCAAGCUUAUCAACACGGAGAUAGGCAGAAUUGCCUUGUCCUCUGCUCUGGUCAAUGACAUGAGUGCCUGGAUUCUUUUGGCCUUGGCCAUUGCUUUGGCCGAGAACCACGCCACUUCCUUGGCCUCCCUCUGGGUGAUUCUGUCAAGCACAGCCUUUGUUGCUUUCUGCAUUUUGAUUGUCAGGCCAGCCGUGUCGUGGAUGAUCCGAAGAACGCCAGAGGGAGAAAGCUUCAGCGAGUUCCAUAUAUGUCUUGUUCUCACUGGGGUUAUGUUGUCCGGGUUCAUCACAGACGCCAUUGGAACGCAUUCUGUUUUCGGGGCAUUUGUUUUCGGCUUAGUUAUUCCAAACGGGCCUCUUGGGGUCACUCUCAUAGAGAAGCUGGAGGAUUUUGUUUCAGGGCUUUUGCUUCCUCUCUUCUUUGCCAUAAGCGGGCUUAAAACCGACGUUACAUCAAUCACCUCAGUUGGGACAUGGGGAUUUCUGAUGCUCAUCAUAGUUCUUGCCUGUGCCGGAAAAGUUGCUGGAACUCUACUUGUUUGCAUCUAUUACCAAAUGCCAGUUCAUGAAGGAAUUACUCUAGGUUUGCUCAUGAACACCAAAGGCCUUGUCGAAAUGAUUAUCCUUAACGUCGGAAGGGAUCAGAAGGUCUUAGAUGAUGAGUCCUUUGCAAUUAUGGUAAUUGUAGCAGUGGUUAUGACAGCAAUUAUCACACCCAUUGUAACAUCAAUUUACAAGCCCGCAAGAAAAUUCAUACCUUACAAGCGGCGGACAAUUCAAAGGUUGAAACCAGACGCUGAGUUGCGAAUGUUGGUCUGCAUCCACACCCCUAGAAAUGUGCCAACAAUUAUCAACCUCCUUGAAGCUUCGCACCCCUCAAAACGAUCUCCCUUAUGCGUUUAUGUUCUCCAUUUAGUUGAGCUCACUGGCCGUGCUUCUGCAAUGCUCAUUGUGCACAACACCAGAAAAUCCGGCCGGCCACCCCUUAACAGAACCCAGGCGCAGUCUGACCACAUCAUCAAUGCAUUUGAGAACUACGAACAGCAUGCAGGUUGUGUCUCUGUCCAGCCUCUCACUGCCAUCUCCCCUUACUCGACCAUGCAUGAAGACAUCUGCAACUUGGCCGAGGACAAGCGUGUUGCCUUUAUCAUCAUACCUUUCCACAAACAGCAAACAGUUGAUGGUGGAAUGGAAGCCACAAACCCAGCAUUUAGGAUGAUCAAUCAGAAUGUACUAGCUAACGCACCAUGCUCAGUUGGUAUCAUUGUUGACAGAGGCCUAAAUGGCUCCACACGCUUGGCUGCAAACCAGGUAACACAUCACAUUGCCGUGAUAUUCUUUGGAGGGCCAGACGACAGAGAGGCGCUAACAUAUGCAUUGAGGAUGUCCGACCAUCCAGGGACAAGCCUUACAGUACUGCGCUUCAUUUCUGGUGAUGAUGCAGCUGAUACUACAGAGCAGUCUCGUGGCAAUCCAAAUGAUCCCAGGAUGUUAACGGUGGAAACAGACGAUACAAUGGAGAGGCAGCUAGAUGAUGACCUCGUAAAUGAUUUCAGGAUGAAAACUAUGAAUGAUGAGUCAAUUGUGUACAAUGAGAAGGUAGUGCAUAAUGGAGAGGAGACAGUGGCAGCUAUUAGGUCAAUGGACAAUGUCCAUGACCUGUUCAUAGUUGGGAGAGGACAAGGGAUGAUAUCGCCUCUCACAGCAGGACUCACGGACUGGAGUGAGUGCCCAGAACUUGGCGCAAUUGGGGAUUUGCUAGCUUCAUCAGAUUUUGCAGCAACUGUGUCGGUAUUGGUGGUACAGCAGUAUGUAGGAAUGGGGCCUAAUGAGGGAGUUGGACAACCUGACAGCCCCGGACAACCGGACGAACAGUUUAGCAAUAUGCAGAACAUGAGCCGCAGGCCACCACCAAGGGGACAAACUGUAUUUAACACAUAA